AAUAGAUAAAUACGGAAGCGUAUAUACGACACUCAGAUAUUCCAAAUUGGAGGAGAAUAAACGAACGAGUGCAGUGAAAAAUAUCACGCAAUCACUCUGAGCGCCCAAUUCCAGUUAAACAUGGCCAAUUGGAUUAAAACAUUCGAAAAUUCCUGAUAUCAGACAGUGCAAUUGAGCAAAGACAACGUCCAUAACAUAAUAAAAUGAAAUCUCCACCAUCGCCAUUGCAGUCACCUGGAAAAUGCCACCAAAAAUUGGCGCUAGAACCUCUGUAUCUUCAAGUAGGAGGAGGCACCAAAUUAUUAGGUUAUGGGGAAAGGCUUUCAGUUUUAUGCGAGUAUGGCGCCAAGUAUGGCAAAGUCAGAUGCACAGUGGGAAAAAAAUCGAGCAAAAAGGGUUUUGAAUCAAAUAAUAUUCGUAAUGUAAGUCUCUUGUCAAAAUUAUAUGCUGCUACACAGUCGUCCUCGGUUGACAUCUUUCCUGAAGAAGAAGAAGAGGAUAUUGACGAUGAUUUAUCUCGUUUCAGAGGUUUGGUGUUAGACCUCUAUUACAGGCCCAUCAAUGUUGUCUGCUGGAAGCGUGCCAUUUGCUUGGAAUUCUUGGAGAAGGCAGAUGUUUUACAAUAUUAUGAGCAGACUGUUUCCUCUCCUGGAGGAUCUUUUAAUAUUCCAGCUGUGUUGAAGCUUGCAAGUUUCGCAUAUGUUCCCAAGCAAAGACAUGUUAGGAUGCAACUUAGCCGGAAAAAUAUAUAUCACCGCGAUUUAUUCACUUGUCAGUAUUGUGGUUCGGAGGACGAUUUGACAAUUGAUCAUAUAUUUCCUGUUUCUCGUGGUGGAAAAUGGAGCUGGGAAAAUCUAGUUACUGCUUGUAAUGAAUGCAACUGGCGGAAAAGUGACAAAACUUUGGAGGAGGCAGGCAUGAAACUGACAAGAAUUCCAAAGGCACCUAAAGACUAUCACGUUUCACGAUUACCUGUAACACGAUCAACUUUCAAGAUGUUGAUGAAUCAAGAAAGGCUACCCAAUGAGUGGACUGGUUAUAUAUCUUCACAAAUUUGAUAUUGUAAUAAGUUUUAUGUUUUAUUACUCUGUAUUUUUGGUGUAACAUUGUUUACUGGAGCUGCUUUGUCUGUGUUCUUAUGCACCUUCCACAUCUAAUCUCCAUGAUGUUAUCUGUUCCAUAAUGUCUGUUCAUAUGUAGGCUAACAUUAUCAACUGUAUAAAUGAUUCGAAAUUUCAUUUAUCAGAAUGAUUUUCUAUUUUUGUCA